AUGGCACUCAUCUCCGCCGCAACGAUCAUAACUUCCGUCUCCCUCUUCCACAUAACGCUCGCAUACUUUUUCCUGGCAAACCCAAACCAGAUUGCAGACCAGUCGCUAGUCUUCAUAAUAGGAGAAGCAAUGGGCAUGCCACAUUCCCGCUCCUUCGAAGUCCAAUCUGCCCCGCUCUCCUUCCUCGCAGCCGUCCUCUUCUUCCUCGGCAUCAGUGACUUGGUAGCUUGUUCCCUUCCAGAGGAGAUAUAUGUGUUUUUCUGGGGCUCUCAAGCACCCGUACGACUCUUCCUUCUCUUCGUGUUUACGAUAUACUCCUAUGCCUUCUCCUCCGUGUCUCCUCUCUACACCUCUUCAUCUAGCAACUAUACCUAUACCCCGAGCUCCUGGGGCGAGGGCCUCAAGAACCGUGUGUUCUUCACGUGGGCAUUUGUGGAAGUCCUUACGUGGUAUUGGAUUUUUGUGACACUGAGGGAGGAGAGAAGGGAGUUUGUCCAAAGGCUGGCGAUUAGGAGAGCGGCGGAAGAGGAGGAUAGGCUAUGA